AUGUCGAUAUUCUCUGAUAUGGUAGAGGAUACUGUUGAGGUGUUCAUGGAUGACUUUUCGGUUGUGGGCGACUCCUUUGAUCGGUGUUUGAGUCACUUGGCCGAGUUUUUCAAAAGAUGUGAAGAUUCCAACCUUGUGCUUAAUUGGGAAAAAUAUCACUUUAUGGUGAAAGAAGAAUUCGGGGAGUUGAAGGAAAAGUUGGUGUCUGCGCCCAUUAUUAUUUCCCCUGAUUGGAGUAAGCGAUUGGACGUGAUGUGCGAUGCUAGUGGGGUUGCUCGUGGUAUGGGAAAAAAACCAAAAUUCUACAGAAAAUGGUCUGGUGCACAGAUCUACGGACCCGCAACGACCGUUGUUCAAUCGUUGAUGGUGUCUGUAGAUCCCAGGAAAUAUGUCCAAAGCGAAAAUGGAGAAGGCAACUGA